AUGGUGCAUCAAAGAACUGAAGAUAAUGGGGAUGGUGGGAAUGGAAUUUCUAAAGAUGUGGACCCUUUCCGCGACGAAUAUCGUAUACACGAUGACCCCAAUGAACUCGAUAAGUCAGCACAUGCCGCUCAUCCACUUUUUCACAAUAUCGAGUCUAACACCAAUCCCGAUAACUCAACUUCCAGACAAACGAUUGGCAACAAAACCAGCUCCACAUUCCAACAGUGUCCACCAGCAAAUAUCGAAACCACUACUCAAGACCAGGAUUUCGAUGAAGUGAUCCAUGCGAUAGAAAAACAAGCACUCUUCCUACAAGAAGAAAACGACACCCUAUGGGAACUAAUCGAAGCGACCAGAAAAGCUUUCCGCGUAAUCUGGAAGCGCGACGUAAGCAUAGUCCAAGGAAUAGCUGAAGCAGCCGAAAGAUGCGAAAACCAGCGUCCUCCAGACUCAGAUGAUACGCUUAUUGAGGGGAUGAAAACGAGGUCGAGCAGCAAGUGCGAAGAUGACCUGAAGGGAAGUGCCGAAAGCGCAAAGUCCGAAGGCUGUUUUGGUCGCGACAAAGGGGGUCCGAGGCGAAGAAACUCGUUCGCGAGUCUGCGGUCGUAUUUCUCGUUCUACCGCCACGAAGAUGCGAGGUUGCUCUCGGAUCCACUCCCGAGUCGGAGUAAGAGGUCGAAGUGGUCCGUCAAUGGCUCUUUAAAGUCGAGAUCGCGGAGAAAUGCUUCUGACGAAGCGACUCGUUCUCCUGACAACAACCAGGAAGACUGGAAGGAGAAAGAUGCGCAUGUGCCGACUUUGGCGCAGGAACUGCGUGCUUUGUUGGGAUUCGGAGAGAUAAAUUUGGAGAGGUUAAGGGAGGAUAUUGAUGAGUUUGCGGAGAGGGAGAAAUAUUGUAAAGGUUUGAGGACUUUGGAUGGGUUCGCUGAUGAGGAAUGA